GAAUACCCCAGAAGAUGUUUCUUUUCCCGUUGUAAUAAGGUUAAGGUAGCCGUGCAGGGGUGAAGAUGCCGAGCGUAGAUAAAGUGAUGUGCAUAUCGAACUUAGUCAGAUGUAAUCCUCCCCAUGCUGCUGACAGUGCACUGUUAGAGAGCGCACUCCUUCCCAAUUUGGCUGACUGCCAAGAUACGCAAAGUAAGUUUGUGACCAACUAUAUUAACGUUUUUUAUUCGGCUGUACCCGAACUCCUCACCGUUGCACUGACCUGCCUUAAACGGUUGGCUUGCGAGGCAGGGCUGGUUACCGGUAUGAAGUGGUGAGCCAAGAUAGAUACAAGUAGUACCUCGGCGAGGCUGACAAUAUGAUGUGAUGGUUAUUGCCAUCAUGGUAUGGUGAUAAACGACUGGUGUCUAAAGUGAAUGAGCACCACAUCCCCAGCGGCCAACACCUCUCCAGAAUUCCUCCAAUGCAAGCAAUUCCCGUUUCGAUUGAGAAUGAGAGAAAGAAUUGCUGGUGUUGUCGAGCCCGACGAAAAAAGUGCGAUGGGCAGACUCCAGAAUGCGACACGUGCGGGAGACUGGGAAUUCCGUGCGCUGGGUUUGGUAUCACCAGGCCGGACUGGAUGGACGGCGGAACCAAGCAAGAUGAGUACUGUCGACAUUUGAAGGAAGCUGUAAAGUCGAUUCGACGGCAAGGCAAAAAAAGUGCCACUGAUUCCAGCUUCCCUCUCCCAUCUACCGAAUGUUCGAAAAUCGAAGACAUUUCGACAGCAUUUUCGAGCAUGCAAACUGCAAUAAUGAGUCCGCCACUUUCUCCAUUGACCGAGGCAACCGAAACGCAAUACUGGCUCACUCCUGAGUCAAUUCUUGACCUGGAAUGGCCGGGUGUGUCUGGUUGGGAGACCAAUAUCGCAAUGGACCCUUCAAACUUGAACAUCGAUAAUGAAAGCUUCGGCAGCUUCGAGCUCACGUGGGUACGAGAUUCCCCUUACACAGAAGCUUCCUUGACGGGCGUCAAAUCUUCCGCGACUCCUAGCUUUGGGCCAAAUCAAAGUAGCACAGACUGUGCAGAUUGGUUUCUUAUCAUGAGGUAUCUCGAAUCCACUAUAGAGCUCUUGUUUCCCAUUUACUGCUGUCCUGACCUAGAGGAAAAAGCCUAUCUGCUCUCCCUUUGUCAUCGCUCGUCACUCGUCAGACACACAAUCAUAAGCCUUGCCUCUUUCCACGCGGAGACAGGGACAGGCGCAUUGAGAUUGAAGAUCCCUAUGCCGAUGAAGUUGCAGGAACAAUACCGCAUAGCCUCUCAAAUGCUGGAAAGGAACCUGGAGGUGUUGCUGUGCGGACAAAACAUGGUGUUUGAUUUGGUAUUCCGGAUGGGAAUUGAGGCAUUGAUUAGCAUUGUGCACAUGAUUCUCCUCAGCGUAAGUUCCUUGACUUUUUCUCGCAAGCCCAAAAAACAAGUCUGACGAAUAGAAUAAGCAGACAUUCUCGGUCGAAGCAGAAAAAACCGAAUUACGCUUCAAACAAGGAAUUCUAGUGCUCGACUUUCUCAAUAAAGAGAAUGCGUCAAAACUCCAUCGAACUAGUGGUAAGUUGUUUGAGGCGGUUGAAUGCACCAGUAAGAGAGGUAGUGCAACAUCUUCUUUGAACUGCCCUAC